AUGACCAAGCACGAGAUCACGGAGACCGAGCCCUACCACGAAAACAACGGUGGUGGUAAGACCGCGUUCAAGGACUAUGUGGGUAAGUUCCAGCACAUCGAGGACCCCUUGGAAAGAAAGAGAUUGGCGUUGGAGGAAAUCGACAACGCCGGCUUUGGGUGGACUCAGAUCAAGAUGAUCAUGAUCGCCGGGGUCGGGUUCAUGACCGACUCUUACGAUAUCUUCGCCAUCGGGCAAGCCAUCACCAUGAUGAACUACGCCCUCUGGGGGGGUAAGUUGCCCUCGUCUACGGAAACCCUUUUGAAGGUUUCUACCUCUGUCGGUACUGUCAUUGGUCAAGUCGGUUUCGGUUGCGCCGCCGAUAUUUUGGGUCGUAAGGCCAUCUACGGGUUGGAAUUGAUCGUGAUGAUCUGUGCCACCAUCAUUCAGUGUUGCUUGGGUUCGUCGCCCGCCAUCAGUUUCCCCGCCAUCUUGGCCACCUUGAGAAUCGUCAUGGGUAUCGGCAUUGGCGGUGACUACCCGCUUUCGUCGAUUAUCUCGUCGGAAUUCUCCACCACCAGAUGGAGAGGUGCCAUCAUGGCCGCCGUGUUCUCCAACCAAGGGUUGGGCCAGAUCUUCGCCGGUAUCGUCGCCAUCGUCUGUGUCGCUGGUUACAAGCACGAACUUGACUACGCCCACGACGCCUCCAUGUGCGACGCCAAGUGUAAGAAGGCCUGUGACCAAAUGUGGCGUAUCCUCGUUGGUUUCGGUUGUGUCCCCGGUUGCAUUGCUCUUUACUACCGUUUGACCAUUGCCGAAUCCCCCCGUUACUCGCUCGACGUCGAUGAAACCGGCGACUUGAACAAGAUGGCCGAUGCUGAAGCCGCCAUUGACGUUGAAGCUCAACAAAUUGCUCCCCCCAAGGCCUCGUUCAAGGACUUCAUGAGACACUUCCGUCCCUGGAAGCACGCUAAGAUCUUGGUCGGUACCUGUCUCUCGUGGUUCUUCUUGGAUGUCGCUUACUACGGUAUUGGUUUGAACACUCCCGUUAUUUUGCUGGCCAUCGGUUACUCGUCGCAGAAGAACAUCUACAAGGGGUUGUACAACGCCGCCGCCGGUAACUUGAUUCUUGUGUGUGCUGGUUCACUUCCUGGUUACUGGGUGUCGGCCGCCACCAUUGACACCAUCGGCAGAAAGCCGAUCCAGGUCGGUGGUUUCAUCAUUUUGACUGGGCUUUUCUGUGGUAUCGGUUUCGGUUACCACAGCUUGACCGAAGGUGGUAAGCUUGGGUUGUACAUUGUCGCCCAAUUCUUCCAGAACUUCGGCCCCAACACCACUACUUUUAUUAUCCCCGGUGAAAUUUUCCCUACCAGAUACCGGUCGACGGCUCACGGUUUGUCGGCCGCCUCGGGUAAGGUUGGUGCCAUCAUCGCUCAAACCUGUAUUGGUACUCUUGUCAACCAUGGCUGUGCCCCUGACAAAAAGAACUGUUGGUUGAACCACGUGAUGGAAAUCUUCGCCUUGUUCAUGUUGCUCGGUAUCUUCUCCUCGCUCAUCAUCCCUGAAACCAAGCGGAUGACCUUGGAAGAAAUCUCCGAAAAGUACCACGGCGAAGUGGACGUCACUAAGAUGGGCCGCGAGCGGUUCUCCACUGAACACAUCCCUGAAGACUCGUACUCGGAUGACAAGAACUAA